GUACUGAAGAUAUUCGUAGAGAAAUUGUAAGGUGCAUCAAACUAUCAUAUUACAGUUUCGCGCACGUAACCGCUACUAUCAACGACUCGCUCAUCCCUUAAUCACCUCGCUUCAUACAAACCAUAGCCAUGCCUAAUUCAAAAAGAUCCGUCCUCAUAACCGGCUGUUCAGACGGCGGCAUGGGCGCCGCCCUCGCCAUCGCCUUCCACAAAGCCGGUUUCCACGUCUACGCCACAGCCCGGGAUCCAACCAAGAUGACACACCUCGCCUCUCUAGGAAUCGAGACCCUCCAACUAGACAUACAGUCCGAAACCUCGAUAUCUUCCAUCGCAAACAAGCUCCCAUCACUAGACAUCCUAGUCAACAACGCCGGCAAGCAAUUCCUCAUGCCAGCCGUCGACGUGAAUAUCGCCGAGGCGAAGAAAUUAUACGAUUUAAACAUCUGGGCACAUCUCGCCAUGAUCCAGGCUUUCCUACCACUACUCUUAAAAUCGCCUAACGCUAUGAUCGUCAACCAGACCUCCGUUGGCGCUAGCGCCGCGCUGCCAUUUCAGUCUAUAUACACCUCGUCUAAGGCGGCUAUGGCUAUGCUUUCGAAUACCCUCCGCCUCGAACUCCAGCCCUUUGGGGUUAAAGUCGUCGACUUGAGGACUGGCAUCGUGAAAACGAACUUGAUUAAGAACUUGCAAGACAAGAGUGAUAAUAUGUUGCCGAAGGAUUCGAUAUAUCAACCUGCUAAGGAAGUAGUCGAGAAAGCACUUCGACAAGAGGGGUUUGAAAGCCAGGGCUUGUCGGCGGAGCAGUGGGCAGAGGCUGUGGUGCGAGAUCUGCAGAAGACUAACCCGCCGCCGGUUAUCUGGAGAGGCGAGUCGGCGCUUUUAACUCGCGUAUCGACGGUUUUGCCGUUUGGUAUGUUUGAUGGAUUUAUUAAGAAAUUGGCUGGGUUGGAUGUUGUUGAGCAUAUGGUGCGGAAAUAGGCAGAUCGUCUAAAAGGGGGAAUAUAAUACCGUGAAACUAUCGUGGGAACGUUGUGGCUUUUUAUCUGGUUAAAGUAUAGAUAGGAUAGGAUUAUAGAAUCAAAUGACGACUAUCAAUACGUAUUA